UUUAACGUAUAGAAAAAGCUUUCACAGAACAAAACGGUCUAUUCAUUAUCGAGAUCAAAGUUCAGAUGGUUUUAAAUUUUUAAUGAAUGAAUCUAAUAUAAAAGUCUUGAAUAACUCCUUUAUUCAUGGGUAUAACGAUUUCAAAAGAAAGACAGAAUUCUGAAUGAGACCUAACUUAUAAGUAUACCACUGUCGCAAUACAUAUGGAAUCAGAAACCAACACUGCUACCUUUCUGAUGCAUCAUAUUAAAAGUUGUCUGGUCUUUCAGAGUUCAGGUCCCACUGAAGUGGAAACGGCAGACUGCCAGUUAGUUAUUUCAGGUGAGUAAAUAUUAUUAUGCUAAUAAGUGUUUAAAUAUUCUGUUCCCCAUGCCCCUUCUCAUUAUGCACUAGUCACUAUUGAAUCCAUUCAGCCUUAAAAACAUCGUUUCUCUUUAAUGAAUUUCAUCGAACUCUAUCUAUAGGCGAAGGCGCGAGAUAUGACAGUUCGAGAAAACUGCACUUGAGUGGCCACAAUUUAUUCUUACUCUGGAUGAUAGCUGAUACGGCGUUAAUGGUACUAAUUACAGUAGGUAUGCUUGUAAUGGUGAACAAUGAGUAGGAAUAAACAUUCAAAUCAUAAGAUAAAAUAAAAUAAUUUAAUGCUCUUCAGAGUGGAGGUGAAUGAAUGGAUUAGAUUGAACAGUUGGGUGAGAAUCAUUCUGAUAGUUCUAGGAUGUGUUCCAAUUCUAAUUCUCAUGUUAGUCAAGGCACUUGGAUAUGGCCGGGAAAUCGACCAUUAUCUAAUAGGAUUCAGUUACAUACUGUUGUCAAUGGGAUUCGCCACUUUUUUCUGUGAAAUCGUUUCUAUGUACGCCUUGAUAUCCGGUGGUGUAACACUAGUGGUUACUGCACUCGUGAUCAUUAUAGCUGUGAACGUACGAAGUUCCAUUAUCCUAACCAUUAUCAUCUUUGUGUUUAUGGUUAUUGCACUAAUCAUUGGAACUGUCCUGUUUAUUGUUCAAAUAUCAAAAAAUGACAAACACAUAGCUUACAGGAUUGGUGUUGCAACUUGUUUCGGUAUCGCUGUGGCGUCAGCAAUUUUUAUGACGACAAAUACACUGCAUUCGUGCGUAAAAAUCAGAAGAGUUGAUUGCACAAUUAUAUUUCGGGCAUUCUGUUUAUGGGUUGAAAUGAUUAUUCUAUUCACAUCGACAUAUACUUCUACUGUCCAGUAAAUGCUUAUGAAAUAUCCAAUUUUUACGACGGAUAACGAAAUAGACAAACUGAUUGGGUAUUUUUAAUUGAUUUUUAUCAUUAUUUUUAAUAAAUUCAAAAGAUU